AUGGUUCCUCAGUUCUACCACCACUACUAUAGCUGUCUGCCACCACUACCACCACUAUUACAGCUGUCUGCCACCACUACCACCACUAUACAGCUGCCCUUCCACCACCAGCUCGAAACCCAAGUCCUCCUGAUCAUCGUGUCAACCAUUAUUUGUCUCUCAUGAAGCCUCACCUUGCCUCCUCCUCAUCAUCCCUCUGGCGGUUGUGUGUACCGCCAAGAUGGUGGAUCAAGACAACUGUAGCCCAGUUUGUCUUCACAAAAAUCCUCUUGAUAAAGUGCCUGACCCUAUGAACUGUACCAACUACUACAUCUGUCUCGGGGACGACAUGCCCGCUGACCACUCGGUGCCUUGUGAGUCAGGGAACAUCUUCGACAAUAAAACAAAUGAAUGUAUUUCCGGCACUGACUGUGACCCCAUCUGUAAGCCAUUAUUCUGCCCCAUCACCUGCAACGGUACCUACUCCCUCAUCAGUGACCCCUUCAGGUGUGAUCAAUACUACAUCUGUAUUCCCGGGGGUGUGCAGGGACCCAUCACCUGCCAGCCUGACAGGCCUUACUUUGACGGGAAGGCCUGCGUCAAAUCUAAGGAAGUUUGCUGCGAGGUUCCUUGUAUUCAUAUUGUCACCCGGGAGAUAUACAGAUCGUUGCCAACGGACUGUCACAUGUACUACAUCUGUACUGCUGAAGGACCAGUGGACCCAAACCUGCACUUCACUUGUCCUAGUGGAGACGUGUUUGAUUACCAAGUUGGUCGGUGUGUCAAAGGUGAUAAAUGCACCACCCUUUGUCCAGCAUUUCCACGUCUCGCUUAACGGUGCUUACAGUGCGUGAAGUGCUCACCUCACCUCACCUUACCACACCACAGCACAGCACACACCACCACACCACAGCACACACACACACACACCAC